AUGCCGGACAAGCUGCCACCUCUCCCCGUAGCAGCCGACCACGCCGCCAUAUCGAACCGCCUCUCCAUGCUCUUCUCGGCGCGCUCAUCGCUCGUAAAAAAGCUCGUGCCGCCGUCGUCAACACCCCGAAACACAAGUCGUCAUGCUCGCCCCGCUGAAGACGAGGAUAUCUUGUUUGGACGGCCGGCGAACCAAGGCGUGGGGUAUGUGUCUGAUAAGCCGGAUACGAAGCCUCAGGAUAAGAUGCUGCGGGGGAAACUCUUGGGCAGAAGGAAAGUCGGGGGUGGGGAGUCGAGGUCCAAGGUGGUAGAGAGUGAGAGUGAUGAAGAGGAAGGGAGGGGGUCAUUGGGGAAGAGGAAGCGGCCGAGGAAGGAGAGGGGUAGGGCGUGUGAGGUUGGAGAUGGGGAUGAGCAUGUUGAAGCAGUGGAUGCAGAUAAGGACCGCGGUACUGGGCAUGGAGCUGAGGGUUAUGCUGUCACGGAGCCGCAAGAGAAGGAGUCACAAGUACAAGCAACGAGCACGUCCAAAAGGAGGAAGAAGGCAAAGAAGAAGAAGAACAAGGGCAAAGGCAAGGUCGAAGGAGGUAUGGAUUAG